ACCUUCUUUGGCCAGGCCCUGCUUAACGAAGGUUAUUUCGUAUGUAACCAAUGCGGUCGAAGACCGCCAGUUAGUUUCGGCUGGCUUUGAGUGUGUGCAGAGUGUUGUGCAUUUUCACCCCAGCGUUUCGGACAUUAUUUAUAUAGGGGGCAUCGGUGUGGCAUCCUCAUCAGAAACCUUAAUCCUCAUUGCAAAUCUUCUGUGAGCAUGUGAAUUGAUGCCCUGCGUGGAAGUGUUCAAGUCCAGUGCUACAGUUACUUUUUUUCGUGGAAACAUCAUAGCGUACCGGGCCGUCGGUGAAUUUUUAUUGUUAGUUGCUCUGUACGGCUAGAACCUACAGGCCUACUUGCUCAGCAGGAAAUAAUCGAGGCAAGCUGACCGCUUUCUGCUGUUGUCUGAACCGGCUGACGUUCUGAAGGUAAGAUACAGUGUGAGCGGAGUUUGGCUAAAUACCCCUGAUGGGCGAUCGCAACGCUUACGAAGCUUACGGAGCGUGUGGUGGAUGGGAAGGGGACUACCGUGGACACAGCUGCCACAACGGUGGCUUCGAGUUUGCAGGAACCUACUACUAUGACGUAAACAGCAGCCAGCCCGUUGAUUCACCGCCUUGGGACCGGGACUCUGAGAGACCUCGUGAACGCCAUGCGGCCCGCCAAAACAGUUCUCACACCGAGCAACGUUCAGAGCGCCCUGAACAGAAAUCCUCCGCGCCAGGCGCCGCAGUCGAGUCACCACGACCAAGUACUCAAGAUCGUAGUCGUCGGAAAGGUGAACCCUUCAGAUUCGAUCGGAGGCCACGAAACAGAGGUCGUGUUGUUCCUAACGCUACGCACCGUGGUGAGCGAGGAUGGGAGAAUGACCCGCCUCAAGAGCAAGCGUACUCCGAGGCAUCUGACGGAAUUCGUGCACAAGACGAAAACGUUGCCGACAAUGCAUCGGCGCUAUAUGCUCAAUCUACGGGCGGGAAACGUGGCAAGAAGAUCCCUAGCGCUAAUGCUGUUGCCUCUUCCGGGUCGUCAACCCGCGACGAAGCGCAUUUACAAGGACACGCUAAGCGUAAUUUAGGUGGAAAAACAGACACAGAGCGGAAAAGAAGACAGAGGCAACAUGAACCGCGUGAACCAGGCAACGGCCGAGUAUGUGCAGGCACGGGUGAUUCGCAGGUGGGACAUACAUCGCUUGAAACUAGCCAAGUGCAAGAAGCAGUUGGCGAACACAAGGAACGGAAAUCCUUCCAGCAGCAAGAUAGUGGUGGACCUUGCCGACAGUUAGCUGAUGACAGUAGGGAGUCGCCUCAUGUGAGGAAUCGAAACCCAAAGGCGAGUUAUCAAACUGGAAGAAGCCGGGAUUUCAGCUCAAAUGCACAUUGGCAACAAAGGUACCGAGACUAUGGAGAGGGAGCAGAGCUUCCACAGAAGGGUCGUAACCAACCAAGGCAAAGUGAUCGGGGUUCCAACAGGAACAAGACAAACAGGCCAAGCAGUCAUCAUAGUGAGCACUCACGAACAGACCAGAAUUUUGGUGAGGCUGUUAGAGAAGUCCGACAAAGUACUCAGAGUGGCGAGAAGAAAAGUGGCAAGGUUAGGAACCGUGCUCACAAUCAUAGACACAAUAAUGGUUUGCCUAGUUCUCAUAUUCACGACGCAGAUAUUAGGCAGCAGCCAAGCUCAUCAAGGCAGCAAUAUUUUGUGAACUUAGUGCGUCCAAAUCAUAAACCGGGCUCCUCAUCUAGAAGCUACCCCCAAAUGCCAAGACCUGAAGAUGCACCACAGAAAGAUCGGCUGACAGAACAGCUUCUUUCUGGCGAGUAUGAAUGCAUGGUAUGCUGUGAACGAGUUCGGGGCACCGAUGCCAUCUGGAGCUGCUCAAGCUGCUACCACAUCUUCCACCUAUCCUGUGCCCGCAAGUGGGCACUUUCACCUGCUGCCCUCGUGAAAGAAGGUGGGUGGCGUUGUCCGGGCUGCCAGGGCACCGUGCUGGCAGUGCCCGACCGCUACGUCUGUUUCUGUGGCAAGCGAGUGAAGCCAGAGUGGAACCGGUAUGGGGUGCCACACAGCUGCGGCGAGAUGUGUGGCCGGUCACGGGGCGCAUCCUCCAUGUGCGUGCAUCGCUGCAACCUUCAAUGCCAUCCAGGGCAGUGCCCGCCCUGCAGUGCUACUGUGCGAAGGCCGUGCCCUUGUGGAAAACUCACCAGGCACGUGCGGUGCAGCCAAGAGCAGGAAGUCAGCUGUGGUGAGCCCUGUGGGCGACUGCUUAACUGUGAAAUCCACACUUGCCAAGCACAGUGCCACGCAGGUGCCUGUGAUCCCUGUGCCCGCAUAGUGGAACAGAAGUGCUUCUGUGGCAAACAGAGGCGCGAAGCUCUCUGUACACGGGAGUCCAAUGCAUCAAGCGAGUUUUCGUGCGGCGAUCUGUGUGGACGGUUCCUAGGUUGUGGACUUCAUAAGUGUGAAGAGGAAUGUCACUUUGGCGAGUGCGGCCCCUGCCCACUCCUGCCAGAGUCUGUCACACACUGCCCAUGUGGCAAGAGCCCACUGGCGAGCAUUGAGGGAGCCAAACCUAGGCUCUCAUGCUCAGACCCGGUGCCUACAUGCGGCGAGACGUGCGGGAAGCUACUCCAGUGUGGUCCGAAAGGCAACUGGCACCGAUGUGCUGCACCAUGCCACGAGGAACUUUGCCCACCAUGCGCACGUUCAAGCGCUGUGCGGUGCCGGUGUGGUGCGACGUCACGUGAGCUUCCCUGCACAGAGCUUGGGUCUUCAGAGCAGCAGGGGCCUGAGCUGUGUCAACGGCGAUGUCAGAAGCGGCGCCAGUGUGGCCGCCACAAGUGCCUCGCCCUGUGCUGCGUGGACAUUGAGCACCGCUGCCCGCUUGUGUGUGGCAAGCGUCUAUCAUGUGGACAACAUGUCUGUGAAGAGCCCUGCCACAGGGGAAACUGCCCUUCUUGCUGGAAUGUCAGCUUUGAGGACCUGAGCUGCCACUGUGGCAGUGCCUCGCUGAGUCCCCCCAUAGCUUGCGGAACACGACCUCCAGACUGUGGCCAGCCGUGCGCCAGGGAGCAUCCGUGUGGACACCCUGUCACCCACACGUGCCACAGUGACCCAUCUUGUCCUCCCUGCGCCACGCUCACUGAAAAAUGGUGUUUUGGCCACCAUGAGAAACGCCGGGCUGUGCCCUGUUUUCUGGAAGGCCUGUCUUGUGGGCGGCCAUGUCUGCGUGACUUGCCCUGUGGCCAGCACCAGUGCCAGCAGACUUGCCAUGAGGGCGAGUGUCGCUUUCAGGGUUCUGCACAAGUGUGUACCCAGCCAUGCAUGACACCGCGGCCAUCGUGCGGCCACCCCUGUGGUGAGCCUUGCCAUCCAGGUGCACCGUGCCCAUCCACUUCAACUUGCAAGACAUUGGUGAGUAUCUCGUGUGAAUGCGGUCGACGAUCGGGAAAGCUUCCUUGUGGCAGCUCAGAGGCUCAGCAGCCGAGCUUCCACCAGCUGUCCGCAUCCCUACUAGCCUCCAAGAUUCAGGACAUCCAGCUUGGAGAGAGUGUCGACAUCACUCACAUGGUCAACAUGGCUCGAAGCAGGCCUUCCAGACUGGAGUGUGAUGAAGAGUGUGCUGUGUUGGAGCGAAAUCGACGGCUUGCGAAUGCCCUGCAGAUACAGAAUGCAGAUGUGUCAAAUCGAGUGGGUCCUCCAUGCUACUCCGAGUUCCUGAAAGAUGAGGCCCGCAAGAAUCCAUCGUUUAUGCUCUCAGUGCACCAAACACUUACACAGCUGGUUCAAAUGGCACGACAGUCCAAGCAAAAGUUCCGCAGCCAUUGCUUCCCAUCUAUGAACCGAGAGCAGCGCAGAGCAGUGCACGAGCUUGCAGAGUUCUUCGGCUGUGAGACCCAAAGCUAUGACCAGGAACCUUUCCGCAAUGUUGUUGUAACAGCCUACAAAGACCGUUGCCGCAUUCCAAGUGGCAGUGUGGUUGCAGUUGUCCAGAGAGAGGCGGCGCCCAUUCCACAGAGAAAAGGACCUGCACCAUUGCUGCAGAGUCGCAAGCGCAUAGAUGCAGUUACUCCUUUGAGCAUGCCGUUGCCUUUGCACUCCAGUCAAGGCCAGUCUACAUCCAUUGCACAUUCCGAGACAGCACCAACUUCGACUACAUUGGACUACUUCAACUACAACUCAUGAUCUACACCUUUACAGUUCCUGAUACAUGCAGAAGGGAGCACAAUCCUGCUCCAUAAGCUUACAACGAAAACACACUGAUGCUGACAGUGUGAUGCAGGGCAGCUUCAGCUGAAAAAUUUCAUGCACACUUAUUGAGUUUUAUUAUUUGCAAGACAUCUUUUUGACUCUGACCAGUGCUUUUCUGAUGAAGUUUAUUUAUGUUGAGGAUGAACUCGUGAAAUAAACUGUUUUCAUUA